AUGGUUGGUGUAUGGCUGGUGUAUGGCUGCUGCAUGGUUGGUGUAUGGCUGGUGUAUGGCUGCUGCAUGGUUGGUGUAUGGUUGGUGUAUGGCUGGUGUAUGGCUGCUGCAUGGUUGGUGUAUGGCUGCUGCAUGGUUGGUGUAUGGCUGCUGCAUGGUUGGUGUAUGGCUGCUGCAUGGUUGGUGUAUGGUUGGUGUAUGGCUGGUGUAUGGCUGCUGUAUACGGUGGUUGGUGUGUGGUUGUUGGGGUGUGGUUGUUUGUGUGUGGUUGUUGUGUGGUUGUUGGUGUGUGGUUGUUGUGUGGUUGUUGGUGUGUGGUGGUUGGUGUGUGGUUGUUGGUGUAUGGUUGUUGUGUGGUGGUUGGUGUGUGGUUGUUGGGGUGUGGUGGUUGGUUUCUGGUGGUUGGUGUGUGGUGGUUGGUGUGUGGUUGUUGGUGUAUGGUUGGUGUGUGGUUGUUGGGGUGUGGUGGUUGGUUUCUGGUGGUUGGUGUGUGGUUGUUGUGUGGUUGUUGGUGUGUGGUUGUUGGUGUCUGUUGCUAGGUGUGUGGUGGUUGGUGUGUGGUUGUUGUGUGGUUGUUGGUGUGUGGUGGUUGGUGUAUGGUUGUUGUGUGGUUGUUGGUGUCUGGUGGUUGGUGUGUGGUUGUUGUGUGGUUGUUGGUGUGUGGUGGUAGCUGUGCGGGCAGAUCGAAUGCGCGGCGGCCGGAACAAGUUUGGCCCCAUGUACAAGCGAGACCGGGCCCUGAAGCAGCAGAAGAAGGCCCUGAUCCGCGCUAACGGGCUCAAGAUCGAGGCCAUGAGCCAAGUCAUGCAGGCCGUACCCACCGACCUCACCAUCUCCUCCGCCAUCCAGAACAUCCACUCUGCCGCCUCCAAGGGCCUGCCCCUCACCCACCACGGGGGCCACCACACGGGCCACCACCACCACCACCACCACCAUCACCACCACCACCCCACCGCCCUGCCCCCCACAGACUACGACCGCUCCCCCUUCGUCACCUCCCCGGUCAGUAUGGCCAUGCCCCCCCACACUGGCAGUCUGCAGGGUUACCAAACGGCAUACGGACACUUCCAAAACACGCGCAUCAAGUCCGAAUACCCAGACCCGUACACCAGCUCCCCCGAGUCAAUCAUGGGGUACGCCUACGUGGACGCCUACCAGUCCGGCUCGCCCCCCAGCUUCCCCCACCUGAUUGUGGAGCUGCUGAAGUGUGAGCCCGAUGAGCCCCAGGUCCAGGCCAAGAUCCUGGCCUACCUGCAGCAGGAGCAGGCCAGCCGCGGUAAACACGAGAAGCUCAACACCUUUGGCCUGAUGUGCAAGAUGGCCGACCAGACGUUGUUUUCCAUCGUGGAGUGGGCGAGGAGCAGCAUCUUCUUCAGAGAACUCAAGGUAGGCCUCAUUUCGAAACGUACUUAG